UGGAUGAGGCUGAUGUUGUUCCUGCCGCUGCGGCCAUGGACUUCUCUUCGCGUGCACAAUUAUUUGAAGCUCAUAUACAGAGCUACAAUGGAGAUGAUCCACUUGAUCCUUGGGACAGGUACUGUCAAUGGGUAGAAGGGAUUUCAGAUGCAGAAAGAAGACAAAGCUACCUGUCAAGUUUGCUGGAGCGGCUUGUGAAGAUCUUUUUAGGAGACAAGAGGUACCAGCAUGACAGAAGAUUCAUCAACUACUGCAUGAAAUUUGCCACAUUCAUCGAUGACCCGCGUCAUUUUUUUGACUAUAUGUACAGCCAAGGAAUUGGUACCAAGUCAUCCACUCUGUAUGUUGCAUGGGCUCAGCAGCUUUGCAUGCAAGGAAACAUGUCACAUGCAAACGCUGUUAUUCAGAAGGGGAUUCACAAUGGAGCACAACCUGUUGAAAAACUACAUCAGCAGUAUGGAUUGUUACAGAGUUGUUUAACCCAGAAUCAACUUUCAAGUCAAGUUGGAGUCUUGCAGCCGCAUAAUUCCCAGCAGUGCAAACAAAUGGCUUCUAAAGAUGACCCAGCAGUUGUUCACCAAAACCAGAUACCUAAGAGCCUGAAUCCAGCAAAUUCUGAAUUGUGUCCUGUUUAUGGUGGACUGGAAAAAAUGGAACAGCCUCAAUAUAUAACCUCCAUUUCAAAAUCAGAGGUCUUACCAAAGUCUUCUUCAAAUGCAACCCAUGAGCAGAGGGUUAUGUAUGACAAGAAUCUUCUUUAUUGUGAAGAUUCUGAAUUGUGUUUUGAAGAAGUAAGAGCCAAAAUAUACUUGAAAAGGGCUGAACGUCUGAGAAGGCACAAGGAAUGGGAGGAUGAAGAACGAGAAUUCAUGAAAAAGAAAGAGAAUGAUCUUCUUGAGCUGCAGACAUUGCAGCAGAAACUGGAUCAUCUCUCUCAGACUUCAUCUUCAUCCCAGAAAACUAUGCAAGGGCCAUCUACUCACCAGUUCCUGCCAAGUGCCACUGUGGGUCACCUGUCUGUACAGCUCAGUGCAGCUCACAGUCUGCCAGAGUGGGCAGUACCUUCACCAGCUGGAUAUCUACAACAUUCUUUAAUGCAGGAGGCAGAGCAUUGGAGGACAUCAAGGCCUUUCAGUACAGUUGCAGAAAUUUCAGCAGCUUCGGUUUCAGUUCUGCAGCCUGCUGAAAAUCUCCAGAAACAGCAGGUUUCUACAUCAGUCAUCAUGAGAGAAAAAGAUAUUUCCAAAUCCAAGCUUGAUCUUGAGGAAUGUGAAAAAAGUCUGCACAGACUUAAAGUUGGUAGAGAAGAUGAUGUCCAGCCUCCUCCAAAACGUGCUACGAUUUCCCACGGUUCCCACCAUGUACAGCAGCAACUGAAUGCUUCUGAUCAGAAACUGUCGUGUUCUGCAGAAAUGAGAGAUGUAUCAGGUGGCCGAAAUGCUUCCAUUUUCUUUGGUAAUCAGCAAGCCACCCCAAAUACAUCAACAAUAAUGCAGACGGCUCCAUCUUUAGUACAGCCAUCUCCUACUGUUCACACAAAAGAAGCUUUGGGUUUCAUAAUGGAUGUGUUCCAAGCGCCUUCGCUUAAAGAUUCUACUAUGGUUUCUGAAGUAGAAGAGGAGGAUGAAUUUGAGAACUUUUGCAGAAAUAAAGGGCCAUGCCAGACUGUCAGUGUGAAGUCUGCUGCUCCUGCUGCAGCACCUGCUUUCACAAUCUUUGAAGAUGAGAAUACAGAGGUCUUCCAGCCACCUCCAAAGCCAACAGAAGUCAAAGUCUUGGGAGAACGUAUCACAGACUGUGUGGCCAAACCAGGGGAAGGCAGUUUGCCAGCUGAGUGCCUGACAGGUGACUGUUCUGUGUGGGCCAAUCACUGCAACAAAACUCUGGCUCCUAAUCCGAAUGAUACAAGAGAUUUUGCUUGUGCGAGGCCAUAUACUUCUACGCCCUUCAGCUCUGUUCCAGUACAUGCCUGCCAAAAGACACAGGAUAAAGUAAUUGAAAAUCCUUGGGAUGAUGGUUUAAUCCACCAGCUUCUGUCUGAGGUGCCUAAACCAAUAAAUACCUACUCAAAUACUUUUGAAUGGGAAACAAAUCUUCCAGUUCUGAAGCCAAAGGGUCAACUCAGAUUGGGCUCUACAUCCUUUCACAUUGACUGCUUACUUGGAGAAGGAGCUUUUGCCCACGUCUACCAAGCCUCUAAACUUGAUAUAGCAUACGCAAGAAAUAAUCAGAAAGUGAUAUUGAAAGUACAGAAGCCUGCAAGCCCCUGGGAAUUCUACAUAGCAACUCAGUUGACAGAAAGGCUUAAGCCAAGCACGCGUCAUCUUUUCAUCCAUUUCUAUUCUGCUCACUUCUUCCAAAAUGGAAGUAUUUUAGUUGGGGAACUUUACAGUUAUGGAACUUUGCUGAACACUAUAAAUAUAUAUAAAAAACUACCAGAGAAGGUGAUGCCCCAAGCACUAGCUGUCUACUUCGCCGUAAAAAUCCUCCAAAUGGUAGAAGAGCUUCACAAGUGUGGGAUAAUUCAUGGUGAUGUUAAACCUGACAACUUUAUUUUUGGUGAAAGGUUUUUGGAUGAUGACACAUGUGACAUAGACAGCGUGUCUCACGGCUUGACAGUCAUUGACUUUGGUCAAAGUAUAGAUAUGAACCUGUUUCCUGAAGGAACUGUAUUCACAGGGAAGUGUGAAACAUCUGGAUUUCAGUGUAUUGAAAUGUUGACACAUAAGCCAUGGAAUUACCAGACUGAUUAUUUUGGAAUUGCUGGGACGGUAUACUGCAUGCUACUUGGCACGUACAUGAAAGUCAAAAAUGAACAAGGUGUAUGGAAGCCUGAGGGUGUCUUCAGGAGGAUUCCACAUGCAGAAGUUUGGAGUGACUUCUUCCACACUUUGCUGAAUGUACAAGACUGUGACCAUCUGCCUUCUCUGGGAGCUUUGCGAGCAAGACUGAGAGACUUAUUUCUGAAUACUUAUGCUAACAAAGUAAAGGCACUCCGUAAUAGGCUUGCAGUGUUGCUUGUGGAAAAUAAACGUUCACGCAAGUAAAUUCUGAUGCCCCAAACACCACAGGAGAAAUAAAAUCUUGUAGAUUUCGUGUUGAGAUUUUAUCGAAGGUGGAGCUUGGAUAAUGUCUAACAAAUUGUAUAAAGUGGUUAAGAUUAAAUGAGGCAGUUAAUCUUGUAGUUUUAAAUAAAAACAACCUUCUUUGGCUGUAACCGUGUUGACAGGUCUUAUCCAAGUAUUUUAACCAAAUUUCACUAAUGGAGUUCAGAUAGAAGUCUAAGAAUACUAACAUCAUGUUUCUCAAGUGGGAUUGUACUUCUUGGGACCUGUUUGCAAAGUAACAUCACACUACUUUCCUUCUCCAAGAUAUAUUGCAGAAAUCUUAUUUCAGUUAACAUUGAAGCAACUUACUUUAUUUUUUAUGGAAAUAAACCAUUUUAUCAUG